CUUGACCAUCCAAAGCAGCAGUUUUCUUGUGGGAUAUAAUCUACCAAGACACGCAUAGGGCAGAGAGAAACAAAGCAAGAGGUCAGGCAGAGGAAAAAAAGAUGGAUAAGGUGGAAGAAGUGUGAGAUAAGCAGCCAGUGCAGCUGUGUUUCUGUGGGGUGUGGAGCUUUACUCGUGACUUCCCUGCGGCCCGCAGACAAGGAAACAAGGUGUGAUUAAUUCUUCCCCAGCCUGCUUGACCUCCGUCUGGGGGAGCGUUCCCCAGAAAGGAGGCUGGAGCCUGACGCAGCACAGCCUGGCCUGUCUGCUUUCACUCCCUGGAUCAAUAGCAGACAGGCAGGUCAAGCUCUUCAUGAGAAACUGUACCGAAAGAGAACUACACUGUAAAACGUCUGAAGGUGGUUUAACUUGAAAAUGUAAGUUCACCUGCUGCCGUUAAAAUGCAAUUCAAGUCAACAAGAAAUUAAAGUUUGUGAAGUUGAUUUAACAAGAGUGUACCCACUCAGACGUCAUUGAUCUCUGAGUUUUCACUGAGUGGAUCUCUGAACGGGUCGGAUCAAUCAGCUCAGAUGGAGAGACACCAGGAUCCAGUUCUCAGUUUGACAAUCACCUCUGAGCUCUCCACAGUCACACACAGUGCGUGUGUCCACAAAGCCAACACCAACGUCUCCGUAUUUCCCUGUAAGAAGCUCAGCCAAAGGUCAUCAUCUGCAACUCCUGUUACCUAAUGAUUCACUGGGCCGGACGCAUUGAGAAGGAGCUGGAAAAGGUUCUUCAGCAUGUUACCGGAGCUCAGCAGAUGAGAUCGAUUUAUAAUGAGAAGAAGAGCCAGUUUGAAAUCAAGAGAAACAACCCCAAGGAUCUGGUGGAGCGAGUGGCGCGGGACAUCUCCAAGCUGCUAAACAGCAAGAGCAAAGCCUUAGAGAAACUGGUCCGAGAGGCCGAGCAGCUGCAGAAGGAGCAUGUGUGGAAAGACGGCGUGACGGAGAAUGCCAUUUCAUACUACGAUUCGAAAGCGGAUUCAGAUUAUCAGACAGAGGACGGAGAGGAGGAAGCUCCGCUGGAGACCUCGUCCUCCCUGGAGUUGGAGUUUGUCGACGAUCCAAAUUUUAAAAACAAGGUCAACUACUCCUCCAGUGCCGUCCAGAUUCCCACAGAUAUAUACAAGGGCUCGCCUGUGAUCCUGAAUGAGCUCAACUGGACGCAGGCUCUGGAGCGAGUCUUCAUCGAAAACCGGCGAGAGGACAGCUCUCUGCGCUGGCAGGUGUUCGGCAGCGCCACGGGCGUGACGCGCUACUACCCAGCCACUCCUUGGAGGGCGCCCAACAAGAUUGACCUUUACGACGUUCGCAGAAGGCCAUGGUAUAUCCAAGGUGCAUCGUCUCCAAAGGACAUGGUCAUCAUUGUCGAUGUGAGCGGCAGUGUCAGCGGACUCACUCUAAAACUCAUGAAAACCUCCGUCAUAGAGAUGCUUGACACGUUAUCAGACGAUGACUAUGUCAAUGUGGCGAAGUUUAAUGAAAAGGCUGAGGCUGUCGUUCCGUGCUUCAGGACUUUGGUCCAAGCCAAUGUCCGCAACAAGAAGAUCUUCAAGCAAGCCGUCACGCAUAUGCAGGCCAAAGGAACCACAGAUUACAAAUCAGGCUUCACGUUUGCCUUCGAGCAACUUCUCAAUGAGAGCAGUGCCCCGAGGGCCAACUGCAAUAAGAUGAUAAUGAUGUUUACAGAUGGCGGUGAAGAUCGUGCUCAGGAAAUCUUUGAGAAGUAUAACUGGCCCAACAAAACUGUUCGAGUUUUCACCUUCUCUGUUGGGCAACAUAACUAUGAUGUCACCCCUUUGCAGUGGAUAGCAUGUGCUAAUAAAGGUUACUACUUUGAAAUACCAUCAAUUGGAGCCAUCAGAAUCAACACACAGGAAUACCUGGAUGUCCUGGGACGUCCCAUGGUGCUGGCUGGGCCUAGAGGUAAACAGGUGCAGUGGACCAAUGUCUACCAGGAUGCUCUGGGUUUGGGGCUUGUCAUCACAGGAACGAUGCCAGUUUUCAACCUCACUGCAGACAGCACAAGCUCUCAGAAUCAGCUCAUCCUUGGCGUUAUGGGAGUAGACGUUGCAAUUAAUGAAAUCAAGAAGAAGACUCCAACAUACAGACUUGGGGCCAAUGGCUACACAUUUGCUACUGACCCAAAUGGUUACGUGCUGCUGCAUCCUAACCUAAGACCCAAGAUCAUUAACUUCAGGGAGCCUGUCACUCUGGACUUUCUGGAUGCAGAACUCGAAGAUAACAACAAGGAGGAGAUCCGCAGACAGAUGAUUGAUGGCAGAUCGGGGCAAAGAAAAAUCAAGACGCUCAUUAAGUCAGUUGAUGAGAGAUACAUCAACGAAGCCAUGCGAACGUACACAUGGACGCCCGUAGAAGGUACAAACUACAGUCUAGGGUUGGUACUGCCCACAUAUAGUGAGAACCAUGUCAAGGCCAACCUGAGUGACCAGAUCCUUCAGGUGCAGUUCUCAUACACCAAGGAUUUUGAAUCUCUGCUGCCAAACAGUUUUGAGUCUGAAGGACAUGUAUUCAUUGCUCCCAGGGAGUACUGCAAUGAUCUCGAACUUUCCAACAACAACACCGAGUUCCUGCUAAACUUCAUUGCCCUGAUGGAGAAGGUAACGCCAGACUCCAAGCAAUGUGACAGUUUGCUCCUUCACAAUCUGAUUCUGGACACUGGCAUCAUCCGGCAGCUGGUCGAUAAAGUGUGGAAGAAUAAAGACUUAAAUACAUACGGCUUCCUGGCUGUGUUUGCUGCAACAGAUGGAGGCAUAACAAGAGUCUUUCCAAACAAAGCUGCAGAAACCUGGGAGGAAGAUCCAGAGCCGUUUAAUGCCAGCUAUUACCGCCGUAGCCUUGACAACAAGGGUUACAUCUUCACAGCACCGUAUCGAUCAGCUGGGGCUGACCUGUUGAACCCAGAAAACGACACAGUGGGAAUUUUGGUCAGCAUGGCUCUGGAUAUCACAAUAGGUGGGAAGAUGGUGAAACCUGCAGUUCUUGGAGUAAAGUUAGACCUGGAAGCAUGGACCGAUAAAUUCAAGAUUCUUGCCAGCAACCAUACAGACAGCCGUCAAGGCUCAAAUACGUGUGGACCAAACAGAGGUUGUGAGAUGGACUGUGAAGCUAAUAGUGAUGAUCUCCUGUGCUAUUUAAUUGAUGACGGCGGCUUCCUAAUCAUGUCAAAUCAGAAGGAUGACUGGAGCGAGGUGGGCAAGUUUCUCGGUGUCGUUGACCCAAACUUGAUGUACGCUCUGUACAACAACUCCUUCUACAAGCGCAAGCAGUCGUUUGAUUAUCAGUCUGUGUGUGAACCAAUACAAAACGGUGAAGCUGCAGCAGCAAGGCGAGGAGUGUUUGUGCCGACGAUUGCAGACUUUGUUAACCUGGCAUGGUGGACGUCAGCUGCUGCAUGGUCCUUGUUCCAACAGCUUUUAUACGGUUUAGCUUACCACAGCUGGUUUGUCACAGAGGAAGUGGGAGCAGAAGUAAUAGAGUCAAAAGAGAGGAGCUGCGUGAUGAUCCAAACCCAGUACUACUUCAGUAACCUCAGCAACUCCUACAACAUCCUCCAAGACUGCGGAAACUGUUCCAGGCUGAUUCAUGCCAAAAGGAUAAACAACACCAACUUGCUGUUUGUGGUAGCAGAAAAGCUGCCAUGCAGCUCCUGCGAGAUAGAAGAUCUUUCCCAAGACAAGGAGGAGUUCAAGGAGGAAAAUCCGUGUGAAGAAAUGACGACUGCACGGUAUCGAAAAGGACCUUCCACCUGCUUCGACAGCAACGCAGCUGAGAACACGUCAGACUGUGGAAGAGGUCACUCCUUCCGUCCGCCUUUCUACACCCUCCUGCUCAUUCAGCUGCUGCUGCUUUAUCCAGCUCUCAGCCCCCAUCACCACUCUCUGUUACAUUAACUUCAUUCUCCUCAUCCUCGCUCGCUUCCCUUAAAAGAACCCUCCGUCCCUCCCGACUCUUCGCCUCCAUACCUGUGCCCUGAUGUUGUUUUAGUCAUAGUUAAUUGCCGGACCUCCCGUCGCGGUCAGCUGGAAGCCCCGAGUGCGGCGCUGUCCAGCUCAGACGCUGGACGUUUGUGUCCUCAUCCCGACCAAGCCAAGCUGUCGGUGCAGGACCGUCAAAGCACCCCAGAAAAGAGAAAACAACCCCCUUGUUCUCCAAAUACCACCUUCAUCUAGAUAAGAGAGAGAUCCUGAUACAGACUGGAGAUUUGAGGCUGACUGUCCGCUCUCCUCCUCCGACGGCCGGACUUCUUCUUCUCCUUCAUCUCAGAGUCUCACCAUCUGCCUCUCGUAAGGCUGCGGACCAUCCAGCCAGCUAUUCCACCAUAGACGAUAACAAGAAAAAAGAAGAAAAAACUCAACAAGUAUUCAAAAAUGUCAAGUAUUACCUGCUGAAGUGAUGAGUAUUCCAAACAUGCCGUACGCUUAGGAUUUAAUUUGAAAAGAAAGUUAAGUGUUAACCUAAAUGCGCUAUAUCUACUUGCCAAAAUGAGAUAUACUUUCACGUGGUCUUAUUUUUGUAGCCAAAAACACAAAAAGGAAACCAGAUUUAGAUUUGCAGCAGCUGAAUCCUGACUCAUUUUGUGCAGCUCUAAUUAGCAGAUCAUUGUUUUUCUUUUAUAUAUAAAAAAAAGACACAAAAGCGGUCCACUGGGGGGCAUUGUUGUAAUUACACGAUAGAAUGCCACGCUGUUCUUGAAGUGUUUAUAAUAGUUUAUCAGUGCUAGUGCUUUCUGGCUCGCAGGCCCCCAGGCUGUAAAAUCUGAAUCAGCAUUCAGUUGCUGCUGGAACAUUGUUGAUGUCGUGUGGUAUUACUCUCUUUUACGAUCAAUCGAACCAUUCUGACCUCGGAAAAAAAGAAGAAGAAGAAGAAGAAAAAAAAAACUCACCUCUUAAAGAAAAAGUACUUCACCAACGCUCCGAAUCACCGUUGUCGUGUGUAUGUGGUUUACUCGUGUCAAAAUCAAAGCCUUUCUUUAAGACGGGCCAAUCAUGUCUAAUUUUACCUUUGACUGACACUGUUUAAUCUUUAAAACCAUCCGCUGCUGGGGGAUAGGGGCUUAUUUUUAUUUUCCAUCUAUAGCGCAGGAGGGGCCACUAAAUAUGGUGAUCACAUACAGUAGUAGUCACAGUCUGUCCUUUAGCCAUUGCAAUGUAUGGAUUUUCUUUAUAAUAAUUAUUUUUUUUCUUUCAGACUCCCGCGUUUAGGAGCUGUUUCAUAGUGCCUUUACGCACUUUGUUUUGGCUGUAUAAGAGUGAAGCUACUGUAUAGUACCUUUAUAAAGCGGCCAUGUUUGAGGCUUGGGACGCUGCAGGAGACUGAAUCUGUCGGCUGACGCUGUAGAAGUAGCUUUACACUGAGCCGCCGCGCUGACCGGCUCCGCUUAACGUCCUUCCCCCGCUCCAGAGCCUCCGGCCCGCCGUCUCACGGGGAUUACUAUACAGUUCCUUUACAAAACCAUGUAUAGAGCUAUGAUACACUAUUGAUAUACAGCGAGUUAACUGGCCAUAGUGUGUUCUUAGGGCCACCUGACUGCUAUCGUUCUGCCUGGUUUGUGUGUGUUUGUGGACGUGUGCGUAUGUGCGUUUGUUUUAAAAGCCCUCGAAAGGAUCUUCGGUUGGGUGAGAGGGAGGUGGGGCUGACAUUUGAGCGAGAACAGCUGUUUCUUACUGUUUCUGUGUGCAGGCAGACAAAAUCUAGUGUUGUGGUGGAGAAAUAAACUAAAAGAUCCACCUAUUACUCCGGUCGUGAGUUUACAUGAAUUCACAGAGCUUCCUCUGCAUAUCAGAUUUGGUAUCGAUAAAUUUGAACCAUUCUUAUAGGGCUGGACAAUGAAUCAAUGAGGAUAUAAGUCGUAAUAAACACGUGAUCAGUAUCAAUAGAUAAUACAUCUGAUGGAAUUUCACUGAACUCUUACAUUGUGAUGUGUUUUUUCAGCCAUAUCAUUCAGCCCGACAUUCUUAGAAUAAUUACAUAUCACCUCUGUGAUUUUGAAUAAACAGUAAUUCAAUUUUCUACAAAUACUCUCAAAUAACAAGUAACCAAGUAACAAAAACUCUGCAGGAUUUGGUGAGUGUGUGAAGAGGGACUUCCUCCAAAUUACUCGACUUCAGUAGAAAUCAACAACUACGUGUCUGAGAAAUUUGAAAUAGACGGAAGUUCCAACAAGUCAAAAAUCCCAAUCAGAACCAAAUUUUCAAUAGACAAAGCUGCUGGCAAACAAUAAGUUUCUGAAAUGGCAUUGACAUCAAAAUGUGUGAUCUAUGCAUAAAACAUGGGUCUGUGCCAGGAAACCAACAGUUUAUAAUGAGCUCUACCAAUCCUGCCAAGAGGAAAGGUCAAAUACCCAACCAGGAAUGGAAGGAGCUAGAACUAGAAAAUAUCCAACGUUUACUAAAAUGUUUGAAAAGUUUCCAGCAAAGCAAAAAACCUAAAAUAUUUAUUAAAUCCGUGGGAUAUAUACAGAUUGUGUGCAUGUAAACUUCUGACCAGAAGUGAUAGGUGCCGCUCUAUUUAAAUGUUGAUGUUGAGGAGGUGAAGAAUGUGUAGUUUUAGUGUUUUCUGUCCGAAUGCAAAAGUUAUCAAAGCCGUUUUAAAUGCCUUAGUGUUACUCAGUGAGGAGCUUUGAUUCCCCGUUUCUCAUGGAUUCCUGACCGAUCCUGAAAUACUCCCUCCACAGACUUUUCUUAGUGUUAUGCAUUAAGGUGCACUGAGCUCUGAUUUGUUUUACUUAUUUUUCUCUCCUAAUGAAUAGUUGAUCGAUGCAUGUGUGCAUUAAAAAUGCUUGAGCGCGGGUGAGAGAUUUCCCGUUUUAAAAGCCUCUGACCUUGGAUGUUCACACCCACUCAGAUCUCACUGUGCAGCUCAGGUGAGAAUGAGUCAUGCAACAGUUUGAACUGUCACCACACACUCUGUACAGUCGGUACUAUUUGAUGUGACAAAUCAUGCUGGCACAGUAACUGGAGCUCAGCUGCUGGUAAACCUGAGACAAAAAACAAGAGAGACUGUUAAAGGAGCUAAAUUUAAAGCUAAAGAGUUUUAUCAAUUGGACUCUUUUGGCGUCUUUUGAUGCCUGAUGCAGUUUUACUUUCCUGGCAUCUGUUUUGUCUCUGUCCUGUGCCAUUAACUCUGUCUGUAAUUCCUUAUUUCCACUGUCUGUAAAUGAACGCUAAACACGUGCCUGUGGAAAUGUACCCCCUGCUACUUCCCCUCUUUUCCAGGAUCUGUACACUAAAUAUGAAAACCUACACUUUGUGCACCUGCACUGAGACAUUGUGCACACACACCUGUAAGCAGACGUGGUAAUGACACUUAUUUGUGCCCAGUUGGGAGACGCUGAACCGGUGGGCGGACGGAAGACAGGGACGUCAGUCCAUAGGUGUUUUUUGCAGGGUUCCUACCGAUCUCAAAACUUUCAUAUUUUUCCUGUUUGUAAUUUUUGCCACAUUAAAGAACAAAACCCAUACUUCAAAUUACCCAAAUCAUCAUCUGAAUUAUGAUUCAUUGCUACAGUAAAAGGCAUUUAAGAGUUGCUUGAUCAGGACUAAAUCAUCCUGUGCUAAGUCCAGAGUCUUCAAAGCCGAUUCUGAUCUAUAAUGUCUUGAUUUAUAGCAGAUGAGUUUCAUGAGGUCUACAAACCUUUUAUCCAUGACUAACUGUGCCUUUAUAUGUAACACAAAAUUAAAAAUCAUGAGUCAAAAUGAAUGAAUACGGUAACACUUUAUUUAAAGGGCUGUGCAUAAGACUGACAUAAUAUUGUCAUAAUUAUAUAACAUAUGUCACGAACAUGAAGGAGUCUUUUUGAAUGGUUAUGACUGCUGUCAUGAAGUGUCAUUCAGUGAAUAGUAACACUUUAAACGCAAAGUUGGAUUUUCAAUCCAACUUUCAGUCCCACUUUGCAUUAAAAGUGACAUUAUUUACCCAAUGACACUUCAUGACAACAGUAAUAACCAUUAAUAGACUUCUUCAUGUUCAUAACAGAUGUUAUGUCAUGCUUAUGACAUACACAGCCCUUCAAAUAAAAUGUUACCGCAAAUAACUCAUGCUGAGAUGUAGCAAAAGAAAGACUUAAGAUUUAAAAAAUAAGCGCUAAAUGCAUUUUUCUCAGUAAAUAUGUAAUUUUACUGGAACGAGUGACGUUAAAGUGGAUUAUUUGGACUCUUACUGACAUGUGGUGCAAACAUUAUGUCAAUAGCAGCUUUAGAAAUACAGCUCUGGAAAAAAUGCACUGACCCCAUUGAAAACCUCCUGGUUAUUCCACCAGAUGUUGAUUUCUAAACUCUUCCUGAGUAAAAACAUUAGUAUGUUGUUUCCAAAUGAACAUGGACUUGUUUUAUUUUUUGCAUUAUUUGAAGUCUGAAAGCACUGCGUCUUUUUCCAUGUUUUGACCAUUUUCUAAAAAUAAAUACUAACAUUGUGCUUGGAAUAUCAGAGACAUGUUGUCAGUAGUUCAUAGAGUAAAGGAACAAUGUUCAUUUUACUUAAACAGUUGAGAUGUUUAGUAGCUUCACGGGAAUCCAGAACUUUAAUUUAUGGAAUAAUUACUUCAAUUUCUUAUCAUAGAUUGGGGAAAUUACAUUAUUUAUUUAUUUAUUUGAAGAUUGCGUAGGAGCCCUGUUUCUGUGUGUGGGUGUGACGUCAGGAGCUCAGGGAGUGGGUCUCCACAGAGCAGCACGGCCUGUCAAACUGAGAGACACGGACGAAUCCUGCAGCUUCAUCUUUGCGUAAAUCCUGACUGGAAACAUCUGAUUUCUCUGAUUUGACAGAUUUCCUUUUGCCAAAAACAGAAAAAUAACAACAAAAAAAUAAAUAAAAAAAAUAAAAUAUAUAUAUAUAUCAAAUUGGACCAGCUUGGGGAUGAGAGGGAGGGAUCAGCUUUAAGACAUCAAGCAAUGUUUUCAUAAAGAGCGUCCCCCCCGCGACCCUCGCGGCCUCUGUGUUGGUGCGUCUCUGUGGGAAAGACGUGCGUAUGUGAUUCUGUAGUCUCUAGUCUGGUGCUAUGUGACCAUGUUUGACAAAGAGUGUGAAAAAACAGCAACAUUUAGAGAAAAAGAAAAAAAAGAGUUAAAUCAAAGUUAAAGUUAAAGUGACGUUUAAACAAUUCUAUAUAGGAAAACAGCACUGUUGAUAAGUUUGAGAUCUGAUGUCGAAAUGGUUUUCUCUUCUUUUUUUUUUUGGUUCUGUUUUUGUUUUACUUAUUGUACGUGUGUGUGAGCGUGAAUGUUGUUGCGUGUGGAAGAUUUAGCUCCUUCUCUUUUGGGCACUGGUCCAUGUGGCUCCAUUCUUUUGUACAGAUGAAGCUUAAAAGAAAAAAAAAUAAUGAAACAAAAAGAAGAGGGCAAAAUUUGUAAAAUAUUGUGUCUGUGACUCCUUGUAAAAUAUUUUCAAAUUGUUUAUUACAGAGAAUCAGUUAUUAAAUAAUGUUCAUAUUUUUCACUUCA